AUGCUUUCGACACUUCGAUCGUUAACCCAAUCCACCAACCUGACCCUGUUCCAUCUCCACUGCUCCCUAAUCGCGGCUCUUCUUGGAUUGGCCACCUAUCGACUAUUCAUCAAAGAUUGGUCGGACCCGUACCACUGUCAAGCACUUCUACAUACGGGAGAUUGGCUCGAUGGAUCCCGACAUACAAAUUGGCAGCCAACCGGCUGCAUGCUCCACACUUAUAAGCCGAAAUCCGUCGGCCAAUGUCUGGCCGGUCGAUCGGUGGUCUUCAUCGGCGACUCCAUCACUCGGGUGCUGUUCUAUGGAGCGCUACGGACGAUGGACCCUUCGGUCACUCCCGAUGGCCAGGCCAAGCAUUCAGACCGGACCCUGAACAUCGGCGGUAUCGAAUGGCGGUACGUCUGGGACCCAUUUCUGAACUCGACCACGUGGUCAGAAAUCCUAUCGGGCAACUACAUGUCGUCCCUACCGCCUCCAACGGGCACCUCGAAAGAAGACCUCAGCAUCAAAAACCGCCCGGCACUUCUCGUCGUAGGCUCUGGGCUUUGGUAUCUGGGACUGCCGACCGGCAUCGACACUUGGAAAAUGAAGAUCGAUCACCUCUUCCAAAUCAGCUCGCCCAGGAUGGCCCACAAACAGGCUCGCAUCGCCGACGAGAUCGUCCUCUUGCCGGUCGAAUAUCCCGCCUUCGAGAAACUCAACCAAGCCCGCAAACACAAGAUGCACCCCAACGAUGUCCAACAAAUGAACGCAUACUCUCUCCAAAAACUCAAUUCAAGUCCGAGCUCACCCAUCGCAAUCCCAACGGUUAUGAACCUGAUCUCUCAAGAAGCUCCCUCAGAAACUGAAGACGGAUUGCAUUACUCCAAUAAGCUGACAGAUAUUCAAGCAAGGAUAUUGUUUAAUUUACACUGCAAUGAUCAACUCUUGAAAAAAUUUCCCCUCGACAAAACCUGCUGUUUUCAGUAUCCGCCGCCGAAUUGGAUUCAAAUAAUAUUCUUACUCUUCUUAUUGGUUUGGGCUCCGCUUGGACUUUACAUUCAUCAGUACCCGAAUUCAUCACUAGCCGUUCACGCUUAUUUAUUCCCCUCAAACGAUCGAUUGAACUCGCUGGCAAUCUUUGGAGGCUCAAUCAUCCUAAUCUAUCUCAGCGAUCGGACCUCAAUGUUCAACAAAGAGCAGAAACAAUUCGACAAGCUUCAAUUUGCCACGUUGAAUCUGUUGGCCUUGAUUGCCGGAAUAUGGAGCGCAGUGACAUCUGAGAAGGGGGACCUAGGACUCUUGAACCGUGAACAGACCGACGAAUGGAAAGGCUGGAUGCAGAUCGCGAUCCUCAUUUACCAUUACCUCGCCGCCUCUCAGAUCUCAGGAAUCUACAACCCGAUCCGGAUCUGCGUGGCUAGCUAUCUCUUCAUGACCGGCUAUGGUCACUUCACAUAUUACUAUCUCAAGAAAGACUUCGGUUUUCCUCGGAUCCUUUCGGUGCUCGUUCGAUUAAAUCUAUUGACUUUGGUGUUGGCUUACGUCAUGGAUACCGACUAUCUGUCCUACUAUUUCUCGCCGUUAGUUAGCAUGUGGUUCUUGAUCAUUUGGGCAACAAUGUUCAUCGGUCAUCAGUGGAACGAUAGAAUGAUAUUUCUACUGCCCAAGCUGGCUUGCUCCGUCGUCCUGGUCGUCUCCUUUUUCACCGCCGAUAAACCGCUUCGAUUCGUGUUUGGAUUUAUUAAUCAGGUGUUUGGCACCGAAUGGAUAGCCACCGAGUGGAAGUUCAGAGUCACUCUGGAUAUGUACAUCGUCUAUUUGGGGAUGGUCACUUCCCUAAUUUAUCUGAAGGUUAAAGAAAACAAACUGAUCGAGAGGGACCACUCCAAUCAAUUUGAGCAAAUCCGAAAAAUUGCUCUUUGGAUCAGUUUGGUUGCGCUGGUUUGGUUUUUUUGGUUCGAAAUCUCAAGACCGAAUAAAAUCGUCUACAACCGCUACCACCCUUAUAUCUCGAUCAUCCCAAUCUCUGCCUUCAUCACCCUCAGGAACUCUACCGAGUUCCUGAGGGCCACCAACUCUAAAUUUUUCGUUUUCAUCGGCCAGUGCUCCUUGGAAACGUUCAUCAUUCAGUUCCAUUUUUGGUUAGCAGCAGAUACGAAAGGGAUCCUCAAGGUCCUGCCGUUCCAAGGCCACCGACUGCUCAACUUGAUCGUCUCGACGACCGUGUUUAUUUUCAUCAGCCAUCAAGUGGCCCAGUCAUCGGGCGGGAUAACGAGCUGGCUAUGCUAUAAGCCUAAGCCGACAUCGAGCGCAAACAACACUAAUCCGGUCAGCGGGGGCUCUCUGGAAGCCGGGCCCAAGUCGGACACCAACGACCACCAGGCUGGUCCCGGGUCCUCGUCGGUCAAUCAGCACUCCAGCUACUUGCCCCUCUCGACCGCCGACCUCGAUAAGGAUGACCAUCCCCCCGAAUCAGACAGACCACAUCAGCCUUCCCGCAUCAUCGAAGUUCUUGCAUCAUUCGGCAGGCUCUAUCAAUCCCAGCUGCCCUGCCGGGCUAUCGUCUGGUUGGCCUUCUUUUGGAUCCUUAACCUCCUCACUCCCUCUAAAGUUAAUUCUCAUGGUCACACUCUGCCUACUCAUUAA